AUGGUGUACACGAUUGCCAGACAAGCUAGGACGAUAUGGCAGAAAUGGAAUCUCCGGAGCUUGAUCAUGAUAAGCCUUUCACUCCAGGCCUUUCUAAUAACCACAGCUCCAUUGCGGAAGCGAACUGCCAACAUUUGGGUGAAAAUUCUCAUUUGGAUCGCUUACCUGCUAGCCGAUUUCGUAGCACUUUUCUCACUGGGACUCAUCUCCGACAAGCAAGGAGAUUAUACCGAGUAUAAUCUGGGUUGUGAUCUUAUGGCUUUCUGGGCACCAUUCUGUUUGCUCCAUUUGGGAGGUCCAGACACAAUAACAGCUCUCUCUCUUCAAGAUAACUCUCUUUGGUUAAGGCACUUGAUUGGGCUUAUAUUCCAGGUGAUUAUUUCUCUUUAUGUAUUUGUGGAAUCCCUUCCCAACAACAGAUUAUGGCUUCCCAUCUCUUUUCUCUUCGUCGCCGGUAUGAUCAAGUAUUAUGAGAGGAAUCAUGCUCUCUAUCUCGCCAAUUUUUACAACUUCCGUGGCGAAGCUGGACCCAACUACGCUAAACUAAUGCAGGAAAUGUCGUCAUUUAAAAGCUCAAGAAUUCCAGUCCAAGUUCAAAUGGUUCCUCGACGAAAGAAAGAAUCUAUCAUCACCACUUCCAAGGGAAAGAAUAAUAAUCAUGAGUUUAUUAGGUUGGUUCGAAGCGCUUAUUACUUCUUCAAUAUAUUUAAAUAUCUGGCCAUUGAUGAGCUUGUGUUACCUAUGUCCGACCGGAACGAAAGCCGAGAUUAUUACCAUGAAAUAGGAUCAGCAAAUGCUUUCAAAGUCUUGUCAGCUGAACUCAACUUCUUCUACGGAGCGGUCUAUACAAAAGCCCUCGCUCUGCAUUCACAAAAAGGAUACUUCCUUCGCCUCACAUCAACUCUAGCUAUUUUGGUGUCAUUUUCUCUCUUCCUUCAUAAUUCCACGAAACACAGAUUCCCUAUUGUUGAUCUCUGGGUAACAUACAUCUUGUUCGCGGGUGCGAUUGCUCUGGAUGCUGUGGCUUUUGUUUUGAUGGUUUCCUCUGACUGGACUAUCGUCAAACUCGGCAACAAGCUAGAAGAUUAUCCUUGUUUGAAAAAGGUGUUUGAGUGGUACCUUGAACUUAACACACCGACUUUACCUAAUUACACACCAAAAUUAUCGACGGAGAAGGAAUCAAAGACUCGCCGUUGGGCUCCAAAACGUGUAUUAUUCUCGAGAUGGUCUGGUCUUGUUCGUGGAUGCAACUUAGUAGAGUAUUCCCUCAGAGAAGGAGCACUCCCCGAAUUGGAAACAAUUGGCAUGCGUGACCUCCUCUUCAACAAAUUUAGCCAAAACCUUGGCCUGACGAAAACUAUAGAGAAGUGUUUGAUAGUCGACAAGAACGAUCUUACCCAAGAACUCUGGGAAUUCAUUUACCGAGAAUUGAAGAAGAAAUCCAUUAUCGUUGGCGGUGAUAUCGAGAUGGCGAAGAAAAUAUCUUCAGCGAGAGGAGAUUGGAUUCUCCGGGAACAAGACCAACUCCACAUCCAUCAUCACUUGAUCAAGACGUACGUUGAUGAAGUCGACUACGCCGAGAGCCUUCUACUGUGGCAUGUUGCAACUGAAAUCUGCUACAACCUCGACGAAAAAGACAGUGAUAAGCCCGAAGGAUAUUAUCGUAAGUUUAGCAAGGUGUUGUCUGAUUACAUGUUGUAUCUUCUACGCUUCGAGCCGACUCUGUUAUCUUCGGUGGCGGGUAUUGGCGAAGUAAGGUUCAUUGAUACUUGUGCCGAGGCGAAGAGAUUCUUUGUUGGACAAGGGUUGACAAAAGUGGAGGAUAAAGAAAAGGCCUGCGAAAGAGUGAUUAAGGUAGAUACGAGUGUUAAACCUGCGUGGGUGAAGGGAACAAAGAGCCAGUCGGUGCUAUUCGAUGCGUGUAGACUGGGGAAAGAACUACAAAAGGUGGAAUCGGAAAAGAAAUGGAUGCUGGUGUUUCAAGUGUGGGUGGAGCUGUUGUCGUAUGCUGCAUGUCAGUGUAGAGCAAAGCCGCAUCUUACGUUGUUGGGUACUGGUGGAGAGCUUGUCACUUAUGUUUGGCUGUUGAUGGCUCAUUUCGGGAUUGGGGAGCACUUGUAUGUUACUGAUCAAGACCACCAUGCACAAGCAAAGCUGCUUCUACGCAUGUAA